GAAAAAUCGCCUCUGGUCCCCGUACAGGCAGUCAACUUCAGUUCGCUUUCCACUUCAGUACCAAACACUCGGUUUUGUGUCCGCUCCAUCGGCAAUAACUAACCCGAAAAAAACUGAAAAUAGUAGACAAAAAGGAGUAGAAAUUUGAAAGAACCCCGAGCAACUCAAGAUGUGUGGUGGCUGGGCCUGUUGUUCCUAUAACCUCGCCUGUUGCAAUCCGCGGCUGUCGACCCUGCGAUUCACCGGGCGCUGUUUCACACCCACGGCCUGCGGUCCAUGUGACGACUGCUCCGUCUACGGCUGCUGCGGCGGCUGCUGCGGAUGCUAGGUC